CCAGCCGGGCUUUGGUGGAGCUCUGCGAGCCGGCACAGCCUAGGUUUGCGGCUGCGAGCCCAGCGGCUGCCGCGCUGGUAGCCGGUGCCAGAUGCUCGCAGAUUCUCCGCUUCUCCGGAGCUCGGCUUCGGCUCGCACAGCGCCAACUCGCCCUGGUCCCGGAGGGACCCGGGCGAUGCUGAGCCUAAGAAGUCCAGCAUCUCAGCCUCGGGGCUCCAAAGGAAAAAGCCGAGCUCUUGCAGGUGAAGCUGCGGUCCGUGCGCUGUCUUCCGGAGGCCGCCUGCGCAUCUCAUCCCCGCCAGCCUCGGCCACGCAUCUUACCCCGGCGCCGCCAGCGCAGGGAGCGCGGGAGAGUGGGAACCACGGCGGGGAAGGCGCGACCCAAACACUGAGGAUGGACACCCGCACCUGGCGUCUGAGCUGGCGCUGUCUUCUCCUCCUGGCUCUCCUUGGAUCUACCCUAAGCGAGGGUUUGGAGAGCUGUGAAGAAGUUCGGAAACUUUUCCAGUGGCGACUUGGGGGAGCUGUCAAGGGGCUGCCGUAUACACCACGGGCAGGACCUGAUCUCCAGGUUUGUGUAUCCAAAAACCCCACAUGCUGUACCAGGAAGAUGGAGGAGAGAUACCAGAUUGCAGCUCGGCAAGAUUUGCAGCAGGUGCUUCAGACAUCCAGCUCAACAUUAAAGUUGCUAAUAUCUCGAAAUGCAGCUGCUUUUCAAGAGACCCUGGAAACCCUCAUCCGACAAGCGGAGAACUACACCAGUAUCCUUUUCUGCAACACCUACCGGAACAUGGCAAUGGAGGCUGCUGCUUCUGUUCAGGAGCUUUUCACUGAAGUAGGGCUCUAUUUAUUUGGUGCAGAUGUUAAUCCUGAAGAAUUUGUAAACAGAUUUUUUGACAGUCUUUUCCCUCUGGUCUACAACCAUCUCAUAAACCCUGGUGUGACUGACAGUUCUCUGCAAUACGCAGAAUGUAUCCGAAUGGCCCGCCAGGAUGUUAGUCCAUUUGGCAAUAUUCCCAAAAGAGUCAUGGGGCAGAUGGGGAGGUCCCUGCUGCCCAGCCGCACAUUUCUGCAGGCCCUUAAUCUGGGCAUUGAAGUCAUCAAUACCACGGACCAUAUGCACUUCUCCAAGGAGUGCAGUCGAGCCCUCCUGAGGAUGCAGUAUUGCCCGCACUGCCAGAGCCUGAUGCUCAGCAAGCCCUGUAUGGGGUACUGCCUUAAUGUUGUCAGGGGCUGCCUGGCCCACAUGACAGAGCUUAAUCCACACUGGCAUGCUUAUAUCCGGUCCUUGGAAGAGCUGUCAGAUGCGAUGCAUGGGACCUAUGAUGUGGAACACGUGCUCCUGAACUUCCACUUGCUUGUCAAUGAUGCCGUUCUGCAGGCGCACCUCAAUGGGCAGAAGCUACUGGACCAGGUGAAUAAGAUCUGUGGCCAUCCAGUGAGAGCAGCAACACAGAGCGCCCGCUGCACUUUUGAUCCGAGCAAAGAGAAGCAUGGAAUGAAGAUCUCCGCUAGGAAUGGUGAAGAGACACUUGCCAACAGAAGAAAAGAAUUCAUCAACAGCCUUAGACUGCACAGGUCUUUCUACGGUGGCCUGGCUGAUCAGCUUUGCAUUACUGAAUUAGCUGCUGCUGAAGGAAGACCCUGUUGGAAUGGGGAGGAUGUAGUGAAAAGCUAUGCUCAACGUGUGGUUGGAAACGGAAUGAAAGCCCAGUCUGGAAAUCCUGAAGUCAGAGUCAGAGGAAGUGACCCUGUGAUAAAUCAGAUCAUUGAUAAGCUGAAGCAUGUUAUCCAGUUGUUACAGGGUCGAUCACCCAAACCCAACACGAGGGAGCUGCUUCAGCCAGGCAGUGGUGGAGGCAUGCUGGAGCAGGCCAGUGGAGACUGUGAUGACGAAGACGGCUGUGGGGGAUCAGGAAGUGGGGAAGUCAAGAGGACCCUAAAGAUCACAAACUCCUCCAACAGAGAACCACUACCAAUCAAAAUGACAAGUUGUGGUGCCAGCUUCAAAGGAUGCAUCUGUGAAACAGCUCCCACACCUAAGGCUCAGAGGGCAUUGAAGAAGGGAAGGUGCAAAAGUUAUAAGAGCCAUGAAAUCAGGCUGCCAGACAACAUGAACUUCAGUGAUGUGAAGCAAGUCCAUCGAGCAGACCACGGAAGAACUCUGGACACAACUGGCGCAGGAUGUGCACCGGGAACUGCGUCUACGACACUCACUCUAACGGGGAUGCUGGUGUUUCUCGGGCUUUGGUAAUGGAACUCUUCUGUCUGGACAUACCUUCCUGGAGUCCUGAUUCAUCUCAUAUUUCCUUAUGCCUGGAACAGAAGAUAUCUUUAAAAGUAAUGACUGAAUUUAGGAAAAAGUGUGUCAUGCUAACUUCUUAGAAGUCAACUGGAACGUCCACAGAGUACCUAGAAAUCAAGAUUCUGACAGACAGUUUCAAAUUCCUGGUGUUUAACUCAAACCUUCUUAAAUUCUAACAUUAAAUCUAAAACUGUGAAAAGCUCAGAAGUGACUCUGAAUAAGAAGGAUUUGGUAUAUCUGUAAUUCUAUUCUUCUCAAUUUAAAAUUCUUUCCUUUUAAAAUUUGAGAAUGUUGACAUUUGAGAGUAUGUUUGCCUGGUUCAGAAAACAACUAGUAUUUCUUAAAGCACUGGGAAUAGAAAUAACAUUAAGUCAGAGCACACAAUGGCAAGUAUUAUGCAUGCAUUUUUAAAUGAGUCUUCCAUUUUUGCCAGUUAAAGAAAAAAGUUACUAAAAGUCUGUGAGUUAUAGAGUAGUUUAGCAGGGUGAUUUCACAAAAGUUUACUGAAAGAGCUUGACAAUGUUUUUGCCACAAUAGAUUGGCUACUGGGCCUAGUAAUUCAGGGGCACCUAUGUGAUGUCCCCUUAUAUUAACAAUUCAUUGUAGUAUCAUGGCUCUGCCUCCUCCUUUCUCUUUACCUAAAAGAUCUACUUAUGUCUGGAAGCACACUUGUAUACUCCAAGUUGAUUAUUUGAUGAGAAAUUUUAAAAAAUAUUAUGGUGAUUUUUCCUAACAAAAGUUUAUUCCUAACUUACUCAUUUUGAAAAUGUUAUUUGCUACUUUUUUUUAAAGCAUUAUAUGGGCAAACAGUUGGCUAUCCUUGCAUAAGAUCUGAUGAAUAUCUUGCAAUGGGUAAUAGGACAGAACACGCGACAUGAGAGACUUUAGCUCUCUUCCUAUUGCUCAGCAGGAAAGUUACUAAUCCACCAUCCCUAAUUUCUCAGCUGUGAUAAGUUGCCUCCGCAGACACUGAUAGGAUGCUUCUAAAGCCGCACUUAGGAGGAAGAGAUAAGUCAGUUUUUAUUAAGAAGUAUCACAUUGGCUGUGGCCAGGAAGUAUAAUGAAUACAAAGCAAAGGAGAGGGAAGUGAAAGGCUGAGCUUCUUAAGCAAAUGAUUCAGAAGAAUUUAAAAUGACCUCUGACAAGGGUCUGAAGGACUCAGUUCAAUAGCCAACAUGAUAGAGGCAGAAUUAAUUUCCCCAAAUAAGGAAACAAUAUGUGCUCAAACCUUGUCUCUCUAAGGUUCUCCAUCAGGUGAUUGGAGAGUUGUCAGUUUAAAUUACAACGUUUUUAACUGCUCACAUAGAUUGUAUUGUCUACUCAAGCAUGUUUGAAAACUGGGAAGAAUAUUUCACCUGCUGAUUCUCUGUAUUAUUUUCUUAGGCUACUGUUGCAGGCAGAGAUGGUUAGUCCUUGACCCUUCAUCUACACUCAACUCAACAGACUCCACAAAUUACAAACUAAAAUUUAUUUUUUCUACAAAUUCCCCUCCAAUCUCAGAUCACUAUCUCAGGAGAAAAAUUAAUAUUAAAUCACUCAUGUACUCUUGCCCCUCUUUUCUAUAGAAAAAUGUCUGGGUCUCCAAAUUAGGGGGAAUUCAUUUUAAAGACCCAGUGUGAAGAGCACAGCUCAGGAGUCUAAGACUCAUAUUGACAAAAUUAGCUGGUUAAAGAUAAUUUGGGGCAUUAUUGGAAAUGGAUAACAGCAGAGAAUUCAGAGAAUCAAUAGAAUCAAUGGGUACAUUUUGUAGACUACAUUUUAUGUUCUCAAGUGUGCGAUGUCUACCUCCAGCUAUUCACUUUGGAGACUACACAUGUCAGAACACUGCUGUGAAAGCUCAGAGCCUUAGGAGGUUUUCAGAAUUUCUUUAACAGCCUGAGGCAUCAUUUUUAGUAUUCUUGGUGAGGGUAUUCAUCCUUUAAUAUCCCACUUGGUGACAUUUUAUAUUUAUAUAGCAUUUCAUGACGUAAAAAGUUCUUUCAAAUGAAACAGAGCAUCUCACAUGAUCUGCCUCACUGUCAAGGAUGACUUGAUUUUUUUAGUCAAAUAGAAACAAUGACACUGAUUUUUCUUUGAUAUGGUUACAAAUCUGCAUCUUAUAGUGUUUUCCAUAAAUGAUAUCCAAGAGGGUUUAAGCAAGGGUAAAAUUGUUUAAGUAUAAAUCUCAUUUCCAUGAUGACUUAAAAAUAUCAAAAUAUCACACGUUUACUCAUAUUUUAUAUUGAAUAAUUUUAACAAAGUCAUUUCUGAGCCCUGAGUGAUUUUUGUACACAUUGAAGUACUCACAAAAUUUAGUGCAGGGUUGGGGAGUGUAGCUCAGUGGUACAGUGUGCUGCAUAUGCAUGAGGUUCUGAAUUCAAUCCCCAACACGAACACAUCCAAAAAACUAUAUCCAAAAAGGAAAGAAACUAAAAAGGAAAGAGAAGCCAGCAACAAUCGCCCUGAGUUCUUCGCUGAGUGUCUUCAUCUCUAGGGGAGAGUUGGUAAAGAAUCAGAGCUAGCAUUUACUUGCCCAUUAUUCUUCACUGACACAGUGAUAAAUGAGUUUAUUGAAUUUAUGCAUAAUCUUUUUCGAUCUUCCCAAUAACAUUAUCACCUGUAUUUACCAAUGAGAGGAGUGAGGUUUAGGGAUACUAUGAAAUUUGUCUAAUGCCAUGCAACUGAUCAUUGUAUAGUUAGAUUGGUAUGUGGGGGGCCUUUGAAAAAAGCUAUUUAUAUUCCUAGCUAAAAAGCAAUAGGGUUUUAUAGCAAUAGAGAAAAAACAUAGGUGUUAACAUCAAAACUAUCCAGAUUUAUUUAACUCUCUAAACUGGUGUUUUCAAAUGAAGUUGUAUUGACAUCAUAAUUUCAUCAUUGUCAAACUGCAUGUCAAUUUGCAUAUUGAAAGUGAGCAAGGUGAACGUGGACCUCAUGCUCCGGCAGUUAAUUCAUCUCUGACAUGUUCAAAUCACAUUCCAAGAAACCUAUCCCAAAAUAAAUCAGCUAUUAAAAAGGAAAAAGAAAACAGCACUUUUACAAGGAUCAUGGAUUCAUGAAGUUACUUUUUGUUUCCUGUGCUACUGAUGGGGAUAAAAUUUCUUGGACUGUAGAACACAGGAUAAAAUUAAAGAAAGGAUUUUAAAAAGAGAAAGGGAAGGAGAGAGGGAGGAGUGAAGGGAUGAAGUGGGAAGAGGGGGAAAGAAGGGGAGGAAGAAAGGAAAAGAGGGAGGGAAGUCAAAGACUGUGAGGGAAUCUUUCUUUAUAAACUCUGGAUUAGCCUUUAAAUCUGCUGUUUGUUCAGGGGCAUCUUAUGCAUGAGGAGAUGCUGGCCGGCUGUGUUUUCUCCUUGCUAAAGGGCAGAAGUUAAUGAGACAUUUCCCCCCUAACACUCACGUUGUCUGAAGUGUUUGCUAAGGACACUUUGGAAAGAACUCAAUUAGGUUAUCAUUUUCAGACACUUAAGCUACUGUUUUAUCUCCAGAAUCCUUCAAGUACAAAAAAACAAUUGUUUCUUUCUUAGUACAUGAAUUUAUCCUGGACUUCCGUUAUUCUGUAAGAAAUUCACUGUGUGCAGGGAAGUCAGUAUUUUCUCAGAUUGACAAUUGUGCAUUCAAAUAAAAUUACAUGUGUUAUAUGAAACAAUUAUAAUUACUAUUGUUAUAUAUGUCUUUGGGCAUAUCAGCAUUUUCUUUAAAUGCAUAUUAUUGUAUGUAAUUCAUUUCUAAUUAAAAUAUCAAUAAAGCACAAUUUACUGAUUGAAA